AUACUGCAUCAAGAAUCUCAAAAACUUAAUUGUAACACAAAUUAGAAAUCCACCAAAAUGAAUGCAGCACUGUGCUACACACCACCAGCUCCCCCAUCUCUAAGACUCCAAAAUACCUCAUUUUCGCCAUCAAUAUUCACUGCAAUGUUACAAACAACACCUACACCUCAAAGAUACAGAGUGAAGGCCAACCCCAGCGAGAGUUUGACGGUUGAUUAUAGCUCUCCAGCCUCCGUAUUUCCCGCAGAAGCUUGUGAUACAAUUGGGGGAGAAGCUUGCAAUGUGGAAAUGUAUCCAGAAGCUAAACCCAAAGCGGAAAACAAAAGCAUAGCACCAAAGACCACUAAAGAAUCAAUUGACAGAGAGUACUUAGAAUACAAUGAACCUAAGACGGUAUUCCCAGCCGAAGCUUGUGACGAUCUCGGUGGAGAAUUUUGCCAACCUGAUUAUCAAAAGGGUGUCUACUAAAACAAAAAUCUCAACUCAAUAACUGCCCCCAAUCUUCUACUUUCUGUAUCUCGAUGUAAAUUAUGUUUAGCUGAAGUUAAGUGUAACUAAAUAAGAUACAAGUGAUUUUCUACAAGUGUCUGUCUAUGAUCAAACUUAACUACAAAAAUGCAAUAUCAAUUAUCAAAGCA